ACCCCCAGGAAUUUCAUUUUUACCCCAUUUGGGGUAAUUUACCCCUGUUCCCUGACCACUGCUAUAAAGGAACCUUUAUGUGUAUGCAUCUGGGUUUAGACAUACUUCAGUGUCCUGGGGGUAAUUAACAUAUUUCUAUGUACUUUGCAUCACUUUUGCAGAUAGUUUGAAUGUUUGUGCAAUAUGCAGCGUAAUCCUCAGGCAGCAUUAGCUCUUAGCUAUUAAAUACCAGCAGUCAGAUCAUCAGUCUCCAGCCCUGUGUCCAUAACAACCUCAGGCCAGCCCUGAUCCUCUGUGCACAAUUUCCCCUGUGUCUAGUCCCAACCUCUGCUGCCUGGCAGGGGGCGUGUCCUUUGUUGAACAGAGCCAGCUCGCCUACAAAUCUGGAAGCACUUCAUGCAGUCCGGCUGCAGACUGGGACAGACAUGCCUUCUCCUUACUGUGUGACCAUUGUGGCUCUGCAGCUUCUCUGGCCUCUCCUGGGACUGGCAAAAUCACAGACAAGAACCUAUUACAUUGGCAUUGUGGAGGAACCCUGGGACUAUGCCCCAUCUGGGCGCAACCUCAUUACAGGACAGAACAUAUCGGACGAUGGAGAUGCAGCAACGUUCCUGGAGAAUGGCAGGGACAGAAUAGGACGCGUUUAUAAGAAAGCCAUCUACAAACAAUUCACUGAUGGCCAGUACACUAAGGAGGUCGGUAAACCCGCCUGGCUGGGGUUUCUCGGCCCAAUCAUUAAGGCAGAGGUAGAAGAUACAAUCAUUGUGCAUUUGAAGAAUAUGGCUUCCAGACCGUAUACUGUACACCCACAUGGGGUCUUCUACAAAAAGGAUUCAGAAGGCGCCCUUUAUCCAGAUGGAACCAGCAAGGCAGACAAACUUGAUGACGCUGUCCCUCCUGGAGGACAUCACACCUACACCUGGAUUGUUAAACAGGAAUAUGCACCAACCCCUGAAGACCCCAACUGCCUGACCUGGAUCUACCACUCUCAUAUUGAUGCUCCCAGAGACAUUGCAAGUGGUCUGAUAGGGGCAAUACUGACCUGUAAGAAAGGGAUACUGGGUGGUUCUUUAAACCGGUUGGAUGUAGACAAGGAUUUUGUGCUGAUGUUCAGUGUUGUGGAUGAGAAUGCCAGCUGGUACCUGGAGGAGAACAUCCAGACCUAUUGCUCCAAGCCGGACAUUGUGGACGUGGAUGAUGAAGACUUUCAGGAGAGUAAUUACAUGCAUGCGAUCAAUGGAUUUCUGUUCGGUAACCUGCCAGCUGUGGACAUGUGCCUAGGUGACUCGGUGUCUUGGCAUUUGUUCGGAAUUGGCAAUGAAGUAGACAUCCACUCAGCAUAUUUCUAUGGUCACACCGUCACUAACCAAGGACAUCGGACGGAUGUCAUCAACCUGUUUCCCGCCUCUUUCGUCACAGUGGAAAUGGCCCCAUCGACUGCUGGAAAGUGGAUGAUAAGCUGCCAAGUAAAUGACCACAUACAAGCUGGAAUGAUGGGCUUGUACAAUGUUGGUGCCUGUGGAAAGUCUCCCGCCAUUUUGAAACCUGAAUCUGUGAGAAAAUACUUUAUUGCUGCAGAGAAGACCGUGUGGAAUUAUGCACCAGGGAACGUUGACAAAUUCACUAACCAGGCUUUAGACACUCCAGGGAGUAACUCAGAGGCCUUUUUUACAAAGAGCAGCGACAGGAUCGGUGGAUCUUACAUGAAAGCUCGUUACACAGAGUAUACGGAUGAAUCAUUUACUACUAAGAAGAACCCAUCUAAAGACGAGGAACAUCUCGGAAUUCUGGGCCCAGUCAUCAAAGCUGAAGUGGGAGACACCAUCUUGGUUAUGUUUUCCAAUAUGGCUGACAGGAACUACAGCAUGAUGCCUCACGGGGUGUCAUUCAGCAAAGAUUCAGAGGGUGCGCCAUAUGUAGAUGGUACCAUUGGGAAAGAAGGAUCUCAUGUUAAACCAGGAGACACCUUCACCUACACCUGGAAAGUCCUAGAAGAAGAUGGACCUACUGACAGCGAUCCGAAUUGCCUGACUUACCUCUACUAUUCCGCAGUUGACCCAGUAAAGGACACUAAUUCCGGACUGGUGGGUCCCCUGCUGGUCUGUAGAAGGGGUUCACUUCUCUCUGAUAACACACAGGCACAGUUAGAAAAGGAGUAUUUUCUGCUAUUCACAGUCUUUGAUGAAAAUUUGAGCUGGUACUUGGAUGAAAAUAUUGAGAUGUUUUCUACAAAUCCGCCACCCAAUUACACAACCGAUGAGGAAUUUCUGGAAUCAAAUAAAAUGCACGCUGUUAAUGGCUACAUGUUUGGAAACCUGCCCGGUCUUGUCAUGUGCCGGUUGGACAACGUCUCCUGGCACCUGCUUGGACUGGGCACAGAGAUUGAUAUACAUGGGAUCUACUUUCAAGGAAACACCCUUACCCUGGGGGGAAUGACCAGAGACACCGUCAGUCUAUUCCCGCACACAGCAGUCACGGCGUACAUGCAGCCAGAAGAAGCCGGUGUAUUUGAAGUGGGCUGUCAGAUUGUGGAUCAUUAUGUCAGUGGGAUGAAACAUAUGUAUACAGUACAGGCAUGUGAUAAUUCCACUACAGAGGAACGCCAAUAUGGAAUCAUGAGAACUUAUUUCAUUGCAGCAGAGGAGGUGGAAUGGGACUAUUCCCCCAAUAGAGACUGGGAACUCGAGAAACAUAACAUCACUGAACAUGAACAUGAGAGCCCAGGACACAUAUUUGUUACUUCUGAUGAGAAUCGCAUCGGAUCUAAGUACAAGAAAGCAGUUUAUAGGGAAUACACAGAUGGACAGUUCACGGAGCUGAAGGAACGGAGCCCAGAGGAGGAACAUCUGGAAAUACUGGGUCCGUUUAUACGAGCAGAGGUGGGAGAGAGUAUACUAAUUGUGUUUAAAAACAAAGCCACACGUCCAUACUCCAUAUAUGCACACGGUGUCCAGGUGGUGGAUCUUGGUGGUGGAACCACGAUUCAAGCCACACAACCAGGAGGAACAAACACUUAUAGAUGGAAUGUUCCAGAACAUUCAGGACCUGGGAGUAAUGACCCAGAUUGUAUAACGUGGGCUUAUUAUUCCAAGGAAGAUUUUGUGAAGGACUUGUACAGUGGCCUUGUGGGACCACUAUUAACCUGCAGGAAGGGUGUGCUAAAUAAAAUGGGACUGAGGAAGGACAUUGCCCGAGAAUUCGCUUUACUGUUCCUGGUGUUUGAUGAAAACACAUCGUGGUACUUGGAUGACAAUUUACAGCACUAUAUUCACAAAGACCUGAGUGGUAUCACUAAUACGGAAGAGUUUGAGGAAAGCAACAAAAUACACGCAAUAAAUGGAAAGAUCUAUGGAAACCUCCAUGGACUGACCAUGACUGAAGGGGACAAGACCAACUGGUACCUGCUGGGGAUGGGCAAUGAAGUUGACAUACAUACUGUACAUUUCCAUGCUCAGAGCUUCAUUUAUAAGAAGGACAAGGCGCACCGAGCGGAUGUGUUUGAUCUCUUCCCCGGGACAUUUCAGACUAUAGAACUGGUGGCGGGUAAUCCUGGGACCUGGCUGCUGCACUGUCAUGUCACGGAUCACAUUCACGCUGGCAUGGAAACAACGUUUACCGUGAAGCGGCGGUCAGACCAUGAAGAAAAUACUACUCCACCCGAUUCUGACAGCGUGACUGGAGUGCCGUUCCUGGGACGCGUCCUGACAGCAAGCCAGGCCAAUGUUGCUCUCCUGUCUCUCCUAUUCAUUGGUUUGGCCCUUUUGGUACUUCUGGUUCUAGUACUGACAGUUCUCAGAUGUACAAAGAAAAAGAUGCGUUACAGCACAAUUUCCAAUGGUGCGCUCCCAAUGGACAGUAUAUGAGAACCCAGCUGCCAUGGACUAUAGGAUGACAGGAAGUGCCUUCACAAGUUACUGCUACAUGUUUACAUUGCUGGAGAUGCGUCUGAGCACCCGAAUCUCCGCAGAGUAUGACAAGACAAGGAUGUUUUAUAAGGAAGCCAAGGAAAGUGAUGAGGAGGCGACAUUCUUAGUGACUGACAAAAAGUAGGAAGCGUUAACAGUUGUUACUACACAUGGAUUUUAUUGUUUUGGGGGGGGGUUUCCAGAGACUUUGGACAAAAAGACAUUUUGAAAAUUGCUGCUUUAAAAAGUCAUUUACCUAAUCUACUAAAGGUGGAAGGAUCAUCAAAAUAUAAGCACAGAAGAGAAUACCAGUGACUGCUAUAUACAAUACACAGAGCCUCCCAGUGACCGCUACACAGUACCCAGGUCAUACCAAUGGCCACCAUACAAAACACAGAGCAUCCCAGUGGGUGCAAUUCUGUACAGAGCAUUCCAGUGAAAAGCAUACAGGUGACUAUCAUGCAAGAGCAUCCUGGUGACUAUCAUACAGUUACGCAGAGCAUCCUAAUGACCGCCAUACAAUACAUAAAAUAUCCCAGUGACCGCCAUACAGCACACAGGCAGCAUCCCAGUAAGAGCUAUGCAGUACACAAAGCAUCCAAACUGUCAGCCUCUGAUGUAGCUGCCAAACACCUCAUUGUGGCCUUUACAAGGGAAAGGAUACUGGCAAAGUACUUUACCUGGAGUGCCCGCUAAAACUUGUGUGAUUAAGAACUUGCUCACAAUUUACAAGGAACAUCGCUCUCCCCUCCCAAAUUAUUCUACUUGAAGAAAUCACAAGGUCUAUUUUUUUAUAUAGAUGUCUUUUCACUGCUCAGUGACUAUGGAUGAGAACUACAGUAACAUUAAAAAUCUGAUACAGACAGUGAUGCCUGAUAGGAAGCGAGUUGGGUCAGUUUAGUUGGUAUCAAAAAGCAAAAGAGAUCCCGCAUGGUAGGGAGGGGAGACUCUAACAUUGGACUCUCAUUGUGGGGCUAGUCCUGUGUCCCCCCUGCACUGGUGUAUACUAACAGGGGUGACAGGUGUGGUAUACCACUGCAAAAGCAGAUCCAAUCGCUUUCUCUACUUUUCAUCAGAAUCUGUCUGUCUUCCCCUGCACUCUCUCUCAGAUGUUCACUGCUCCUCAUAUGCGCUAUUGAAAGCAGAAGUAUGGCGGCAUCUGUAUAAAUUCUGAUAUAUAA